AUGAUAUUAAUACUUAUUUUGAUCUUGAACGGGUUGAUAAAUUAUAUAAUAUACAAAAAUUAAUUGAUUAUCUUGAAUUUGAAGAUCUGAUAGUUAUACAAGAAUUUGCUAUUAUAGAUGAUAAUAUUAUUCUUAAAACUUUAACUAAUGAAAAUAUUAUACAAUCAGUACAGCCUACACAAAAUAAUAAUGAAAAAAAUGAAGAAAAAGUACCUAUUCAACCUAUUUCUUCCAUGAUAGCAUUAUCAGCUUUAGAUAAUAUUUUAAA